AUUUGAUUAAAUGACCACCACGUUUCAAGGGUUGUUAGGAGCUAGCUAGCAGCUAAAGCCUACUGAAGCUAGUUCUAGCACGUCUUGCGUCCUUUAAGAUCAGCUCUCCAGGGAACAUGGGCCUCCACUUUGGAGACUUGGCCAGGAUCAGGCAUAUAAUCACAUACAGUCUGUCCCCGUUUGAGCAGAGGGCUUUUGCCAACUACUUCUCCAAGGCAAUCCCUAAUGUAUGGAGAAGGUUCAGAUCCUCCGUCUUCAGAGUUGCCCCCCCUAUGAUUGUUGCAUACGUGGUAUAUGAAUGGGGCACCGCUGCCCAUAAGCAGAGCAAGAGGAAGAAUCCUGCUGACUAUGAGAAUGAUGAAUGAACUCCUGCCACCUUAAUGAAAGCAGACCAUUGUCAUGGAUUCCAACUCUUUAUGUUUAACCAAUAAAAAUGUAAAAUAUUUGUCAAGUCAA